AUGGAAGAUUCAGUGGAUGUGGACAAGAGCCCCCUGAGGCCCCAGAACUAUCUCUUCUCUGUGGAAGAAGAUGCAGGGUCAGAAGAGGAAGAGGAAGAAGAUGUAAAGUUCCUAAGUAUAUCUGGAAAGCGAUCUGCCCCUGGAGGUGGCAGCAAGGUUCCUCAGAAAAAAGUAAAACUUGCUGCUGUUGAAGACAAGAAGGAUGAUGAGGACAAGGAUGAAGAUGAUGAUUUUGAUGAUGAAGAAACUGAAGAGAAAUUUCCAGUGAAAAAAGGGCAGGAAUCCUUCAAGACACAGGUAAAGGCUUCGGAAACACCCAAAGGACCUAGUUCUGUAGAAGACACUAAAGGAAAAAUGCAAGCAAGCACAGAAAAAGGUAGUUCUCUUCCCAAAGUGGAAGCCAAAUUUAUCAAUUAUGCAAAGAAUUGCUUCCAGAUGACUGACGAGGAGGCUAUGCAAGAUCUCUGGCAGUGGAGGAAGUCUCUUUAA